CUCGACUCUCUAAAAUUGUACGCCGCCUCUUUACAUCCGUGAGCAUCCGUACAGAACCGAUCUUCUUUUGAAAACAAUCAUUUCUCCCUAUUUCGUCCGGCCAUGGAGGGAGACUCGCAGACCGAGGCGGUUCGCGCCACUCCGCCAACCAAGAUCAGGUUCGACCUGGCCGCAUUCGUGGUGAACAGGUUCAGUCCCAAAUCAUACAGACCAAUAUCAAAUGGAAUUGGAUUCGAAUGGAAACAUAUCCUUAGAUUGGAUUCCGAUUCUACAGUGAGAAUCUUUCUUGCUGAAGGAGGCUAUAUGGUGGGGUUGGCCUAUCUGUACGCCAAGCGUGACGUGGAGCUGGGUCUCAUUUUGGAGCCUGAUGAUAGCCGUUUGCUUGUUAUGAGUCGCUUCUUAGAUGACUUUGAGAAGUCUUCGGUCGCCAAUCGGAGAUCCCUGGCGGCAAAAACUACUGAGCUGUUCAGAAGUCUCGUCGGGCCUACAUCAAUACCAUCUGCCCCAUCGCAACAGCCAGAAAGCGGCUUGGCAAAUGGCACCGAUGGCCAAACGGCUGCCCCUUCUGAUUCGCCCGUCGAGAGGACGACAGACGGUGCAUGUUUGGAACACCAGAAUAAACGCCGCCGCACCGAUGGAGAUGACGGGCGCCCUGCAACUGCUUUUCCGCCGACUUCAUGUCGGCCAGCUUCUGUUGUGAACUCCCCCGAACCGAUCACGACGACGAUACCCAUGGAUAUCGCAACCCAGCUCCAAAGCGCUGCCCCGACUCCUGUGACACGAAUGAUUGGCCCUACCACCAACCCUGUUGACAAUACCAUCAGUCUGAACACCGCCAUACACCACAUAUCGAUCGAUGACGCCAAAAGGCUUCUUCCUGCGGACUUGGUCGAAUCGAUUGUGACUAGACCUGAUCCGAAGAAUGAAGACAACUUGUUGGCUGCUAUUUCGUUGUCCUUCCCGGCAACUGACAACCUCCCGCAUACAUGCCAGAUGGCAUUCGAAAUAGCCCCUGAGAAUAUAUCGCACUACGCCUUUGCACUAUUUAGGGUUCGGUUGAAGACUAAGCAUGGAUUUCAGCAGGCAUACAUCGGUGACGGUCUAAAGAUGCUACCGACUCCGAAAUUGACACUCCAAGGGGCUUGGCGCGACAUGAUCCCUGCGGUAUUUGGCCCCGAGAUAUCGAGUGCCAUCUGUGCUAGUCCCAUCUAUGUGGAUGAUGCACGGCACCGUCUGGACACUACGGACUCUGUGUCUUUGGAAAUCGACGGUCAACCAGAUGUUUCCGCUAUUAUGUACGCCUAUGUGGAGCCGCAGAAAGGACUCGAACUCAAAAAUAGACUGUGCGCUCCCAGUAUCGAGCGCUAGGCACGGAUUCCUCGACUUGUGAACUCUGAGAAUCAGCACAUCUCAGUGCUGGCUCAAGAUCUGUCUUUCUAUGGUAUAAGGAAACAGUGGUGGAAAAGAUCAACGACGCUUUGGGUUAGAUGAGACGAAGUGGAGAGUUGGAAGAGCUUUCUCCCGGGAGUAUAUUGUGAGCAACAUCUGGUUCUGGCUUGUGGGUAUGUGGUGUUGGUUAGAAACAGAACGCGUGAUCUACCCGAGUGUUCUAGAUCAUUUGGUAUAUCAAAGCUGGUAGACCAAGUUCCAGGACAAUGGUGGGUGUUCCACCAUGCGCUCACAAAGUUGAGUGAUUUAAUUCGGAGAUCAAUACAACUCGUGGUUCUGUCAUGUUCAAAAGCGACUGGUAUUAAUUGUUCUGAAGGACACUAUUAGAACCGGCGAUAUCAAGCAGGCAGAUGAGCGGUAUCCACCU